UAAAGGGGUUAAAUAUUAUAUUUAAACAGCCACCCCCCCCCUCUUUAGACUUUCCUUUCCCCUCCUCUUCCCCUCUCUCUUCUCGGCUCGCCAUGCCGGAUCCCUCCGUCUGUCUCGCCCACAGUUGCAGCGCAUUUGUGUCCCGGGAUGACCUGUUGAUGUCGGGGUAAAGAUGGAGGGCUAGUCUCGCUCUCUGCUCCAGUGUGGUGAAAUAAAACAGAUUGACACUUUUAAAGGAAUCAAAAGGAGAGUUAAAAGGAAAGGAAGUGGAGGUUAAAUAAAUAAUGAAUAGCUGUGAUAUAUCAUAAGCGACAUUUUAGAGAGAGAGAGAGGAGGAGGAGGAGGAGGAGGGGGGGGGAACAGAGCGUGUGUGUCCCGAAACGGUGGCUGCCAUUCGGCCGUUGGAAGAGGAGGGAGUCGGUACACGGAGAGAGAGAGAGGGGAGGAGGACACUGCUGAAUAUUUCAUCCCCUGCCUGGACUAUUUUUGUGGCAGUUUCAGAGGGAAUCUGGAACACGAAAUACAGAUUUUUUUUUGAAGUCACAUUUUUUUGUUGUUGCACACAACCGGCCCGGGCCAUCCGAGGACUCCUUACCCGGGCAUCGAGGCUGGCACACGGCGGGGGCACAGAGAGCUCUCUGCCCGGGUCUCACUGCCCUCCUGCCGGCAGGGCUCUCUCUCUCUCCCUGUCGAGGUGUCGUCGGUCUUCCGGGGAGAGACUUCGGCUCUUGCUCGACUUUCAUACCCUGUGGUGCUGGGCAGAGCGUUAUGGCUCAGACGCUGCAGAUGGCGAUCCCUAACUUUGGCAACAACAUCCUGGAGUGUCUGAACGAACAGCGGCUGCAGGGACUCUACUGCGAUGUCUCCGUCGUGGUCAAGGGACACGCCUUCAAGGCCCACCGUGCCGUGCUGGCAGCCAGCAGCUCCUACUUCCGGGAUCUGUUCAACGCCGGCGGGAAGAGCUCGGUGGUGGAGCUGCCCCCGGCCGUGCAGCCGCAGAGCUUCCAGCAGAUCCUGGCCUUCUGCUACACGGGGCGCCUCAGCAUGAACGUGGGGGACCAGUUCCUGCUCAUGUACACCGCCGGCUUCCUCCAGAUCCAGCAGAUCAUGGAGAAAGGCACAGAGUUUUUCCUCAAGGUCUCAUCUCCAAGCUGUGACUCCCAGGGUCUCCACACUGAGGAGACCCCGACAUCUGAGCCCCAGAGCCCCGUCACCCAAACAGUGGGAGGGGGCGGAGUAGGUGUUGUCGGUGCCUCUGCUUCUGGAAGACCCGCCUCCUGUCUGACGCCCCUCCCUCUAGUGUCCAAGGUGAAGACAGAACAGGCGGUGUCCACGCCUCAGCCCACAUCUCAACAGCAGGAGGGAUCUCCAUACUCAGUGGUCUGCACCCCGGUGGCCAAGCGGCUCUGGGAAGGAAGCAACCGCGACGGAGGAGGGGGGUCUGGAGGGGGCGGGGGAGGCGGGAUGAGGAAGGCCGCACGCUACUCUUCCUCCUCUUCGUCUUCCUCCUCCUCCAACAACACUAACCAGGAUGCCUCAGCUCGCGGACCCGCAGCCAACGCCGCCAUGAUGGGCGGCGGAGUCGUCGGUGCAAACCAGGGCGGCGUAGGAGGAGGAGGAGGAGCCGUCAUCAACAGCAACCACAACCACAACAACCACAACACCAACAACAACAACAGCACCGGGACCCCCGAGGGCACCAGCCCGGGCACACUGAGCAUGUACACCAGCGACUCGCCAAUCAGCUACCACGACGACGAAGAGGAGGAUGAGAUCGCAGAAGACAGCGCGGAGGAGCAGUACAGACAGAUCUGCAACAUGUACACCAUGUACAGCAUGCUGAACGCAGGAGCGGCAGUGGUCGGUGAGCGGGUUGAAGCUCUUCCAGACUUGGCCCCAGACUCCGGUGGCGGACGCGGAGGCCGAGGUGCUCGGUCCCGGCAAGAUCUGGCGUCCCUGCCUGCCGAGCUCAUCAGCCAGAUCGGCAACCGCUGCCACCCGAAGCUGUACGAGGAGGGUGACCCGGCCGAGAAGCUGGAGCUGGUGAGCGGCACCUCCGUGUUCAUCUCCCGGGCUCAGCUCAUGAACUGCCACGUCAGCGCCGGCACCCGCCACAAAGUGCUGCUGCGGCGCCUGCUGGCCGCGUUCUUCGACAGGAGCACUCUGGCUAACAGCUGUGGAACCGGCAUCCGCUCUUCAACCAACGACCCCAGUCGCAAACCGCUGGACAACAGAGUGCUGCACGCCGUCAAAUUUUACUGCCAGAACUUUGCGCCCAGCUUCAAGGAGAGCGAGAUGAACGCCAUCGCCGCCGACAUGUGCACCAACGCCCGCCGCGUCGUCCGCAAGAGCUGGAUCCCCAAGCUCAAACUGUUGAUGGCCGACAGCGACGCCUACUCCGCCUUCCUGGCCGACAGCGUCAAGAUGGAAGCCGACGGUCUGGUGGCGGAGCAAGGCUUCGACCCGGCCUCUCUGGAAGCUGUGGCGGCGGCGGCGGCGGCUGCUGCUGCGGCGGCCGCCAACAAUAACGACGCGGGAGUCGGAGCUGCGCAGGCAGACACCCUCCAGGGGGCGGGAGGAGACGGCAGCACUUUGUUUUGAGUGAGUGAACGGACAGAUAGAUGAAUGGACAGAUGGACAGAGCGAUGGAGAGGGAGGGGGGAUGAUGAGUACGGAGCGGUAGUCGUGUUGACAGUUGUCGCUCGUCCCCCUUUGACGCCACUUUAGGCGUUCGGGGGAUCUGUUUCUUCUUCUACUCCUCUUUUUUGUCAGUCUGUUCUGCUUUCCCUCCCACUCUUCUAUCCCUCUCUCUCUCUCUGAACGCCUCUCUUCUGGUCGUUCCAUCAGAGAGAGAAAGCGAGAGAUCUCAGAGGAAGGAGGUCGACCUCGCCCCCCCCUUGACCUCUCCCUUCCUCUGCGACCUCUCGCUCCCCCCCUGAUCCUUUCAGCCUUUCAUUUGUUUACGUUUUUAAAAAGUGUGUUUAUCACAGAUGCCCUUUUUUUUUGUGACCAUAACCAAUCACAGACAUUCCCUGGGGGAGGGAGAGGGAGGGAGGGUGAUCCUGUUAGGAGAGAGUGACGUGUCCUUCACCAAACUCCGGUAACACUGUUGUUUUUUGAUAUUGAAUGUAUGCGUCGGUGAGCGAGCUCGUACAGAAGCCCCUUCUUCUUUAUUUGUUUGUGUCGCUCUCUGAGCGCCGGGUCGACGAGGCGAGGGGGUCGAGAUGAAUAUUAAUAUGUAUAUUGGCAUGGUUUAUGACAUCCUCGACCUCUGCCCUUCAACCCUGCGCCGAGCAUGCUGGGAAAUGGACCUACCAGCUCUUAUAGAAACGACUAAAAACGUUCCCUUUUUCUUAUUUUGUGUUUUAAAUCUUCUUUUUUCCAGUGUGUGAUUUUUUUCUUUUUUUUGCCAAGGCUCCUGAGGGAGAGGAAACAUGUCGCCGAUGAUUGUCAAAGAGUUUUGCGCGUGAUAAAUGAUAAAUGCACUGUUUUUUCCUGCGGUAUGAGUACAAUCGACUAUGUUUUUAUCAGAAAGAGACGAGAGAGAGGGAGA